CAUGCCGGCCGGGAGGGCGGGGCGCGACGUCGGCCGUGCGGGGUCCCGGCGUCGGAGGCGCGCGCUCCCUCCUCUCGGAGAGAGGGCUGUGGUAAAAGCCGUCCGGAAAAUGGCCGCCGCCGCCGCUGCCGCGCCAAGCGGAGGAGGAGGAGGAGGCGAGGAGGAGAGACUGGAAGAAAAGUCAGAAGACCAGGACCUCCAGGGCCUCAAGGACAAACCCCUGAAGUUUAAAAAGGUGAAGAAGGAUAAGAAAGAAGAAAGCAAGCAUGAACCCCUGCAGCCGCCAGCCCACCACUCUGCUGAACCAGCAGAGGCAGGCAAAGCGGAGACCUCGGAAGGGUCAGGCUCAGCCCCAGCCGUCCCGGAAGCUUCUGCCUCCCCCAAACAGCGGCGCUCUAUCAUUCGCGACCGGGGACCCAUGUAUGAUGACCCCACUCUGCCUGAAGGUUGGACCCGGAAGCUUAAGCAAAGGAAAUCUGGCCGCUCCGCUGGGAAGUAUGAUGUGUAUUUGAUCAAUCCCCAGGGAAAAGCCUUUCGAUCUAAAGUGGAGUUGAUUGCAUACUUCGAAAAGGUAGGCGACACCUCCCUGGACCCUAAUGAUUUUGACUUCACGGUAACUGGGAGAGGGAGCCCCUCCCGGCGAGAGCAGAAACCACCUAAGAAGCCCAAAUCUCCCAAAGCUCCAGGAACUGGCAGAGGUCGGGGACGCCCCAAAGGGAGUGGCACCGCGAGACCCAAGGCAACAGCAUCAGAGGGCGUGCAGGUGAAAAGGGUCCUGGAGAAAAGUCCCGGGAAGCUGCUCGUCAAGAUGCCUUUUCAAACUUCGCCAGGAAGCAAGGCCGAAGGGGCUGGGGCUACCACAUCAGCCCAGGUCAUGGUGAUCAAACGCCCUGGCAGGAAGCGAAAAGCCGAAGCUGACCCCCAGGCCAUUCCCAAAAAACGGGGCCGAAAGCCAGGCAGUGGGGUGGCAGCUGCUGCCCCUGAGGCCAAGAAGAAAGCCGUGAAGGAGUCAUCCAUCCGGUCUGUGCAAGAGACCGUGCUCCCCAUCAAGAAGCGUAAGACCCGAGAGACAGUCAGCAUUGAGGUGAAGGAGGUGGUGAAGCCCCUGCUGGUGUCCACCCUCGGUGAGAAGAGUGGGAAGGGACUGAAGACCUGCAAGAGCCCAGGGCGGAAAAGCAAGGAGAGCAGCCCUAAAGGGCGCAGCAGCAGCGCCUCCUCACCCCCCAAGAAGGAGCACCACCACCACCACCACCACUCAGAGCCCCAGAAGGCACCCACACCGCUGCUCCCACCCCCGCCCCCGCCCCCGCCCGAGCCCCAGAGCUCCGAGGACCCCGCCAGCCCCCCUGAGCCCCAGGACUUGAGCAGCAGCGUCUGCAAAGAGGAGAAGAUGCCGAGAGGAGGCUCGCUGGAGAGCGACGGCUGCCCCAAGGAGCCAGCUAAGACUCAGCCCACGGUCGCAACCACCACCACCAUGGCCGCAGAAAAGUACAAACACCGAGGGGAGGGAGAGCGCAAAGACAUUGUUUCAUCCUCCAUGCCAAGGCCAAACAGAGAGGAGCCUGUGGACAGCCGGACGCCCGUGACCGAGAGAGUUAGCUGACUUUACACAGAGUGGAUUGCAAAGCAAACCAACAAGAAUAAAGGCAGCUGUUGUCUCUUCUCCUUAUGGGUAGGGCUCUGACAAAGCUUCCCGAUUAACUGAAAUAAAAAAUAUUUUUUUUUCUUUCAGUAAACUUAGAGUUUCGUGGCUUCAGGGUGGGAGUAGUUGGAGCAUUGGGGAUGUUUUUCUUACCGACAAGCACAGUCAGGUUGAAGACCUAACCAGGGCCAGAAGUAGCUUUGCACUUUUCUAAUCUAGGCUCCUUCAACAAGGCUUGCUGCAGAUACUACUGACCAGACAAGCUGUUGACCAGGCUUCUUAGGGUAUGCCUGCACCUCCCCUCCCACCCAGACCUCCCCUCGUGUGGUCGCUAAGGACAGAGAGCACUUAAGAGGACACUCCAUUUUCGGUGCCAUUGGUGCCCCAGUCUCAGCUCUCCUCUCCCCCCACCCUGCCCCAGCUUCGCCACCUCCCCCACUCUCACCCAAGUUGGGCCAAGGAGGUGUGAGGCAGGAGAGACAGUUGUAUUCUUUAGAGAAGAAGUUGGAGAUGGCCAGUGGCUACAGCCCGUGUGAUCCCACUCAUGGUGGCACAAAUCUGGCCCCACUCCAGCCCCAAUCCAAAACUGACAAGGACAUUUCACAGGACAGGAAAGUAGCACCUGUUCACUCCAGUCUGGCAUGGCUCAGAGGGAGUCAUCCUUCGAGCUGCUAGGUAUAGACUUGCCUGAGCCAGAGGAGAGGCUGGCCCAGGGCCGGCCUCCAGUGGAUGGCACUAGAGAGAGGCCAUGGAGGCAGCAGGACAAGGUGUAGGCAGGUUGGCCCAGCUCCGGGCCAGCAGAGCACAGCGGGGCAGGAGGGACCCCUUAGUCGCUCAGAGCAAUCUGUGACUGGCAGUUAGAGGCUCAGUGGGGUGGGGGCCAAGGGGAAGGAGGGGAGAAUGUUCUUCCAAAACUUUCCAAUUCUACUCCUUAGGGACAGCUUAGAACUAUUUGCACUAUUGAGUCUUCAUGUUCCCACUUCAAAACAAACACGCUCUAAGAGCAAACUGGCUUGAAUUGGUGGCACUUUGUCCCUCAAGUCACCAGACGCGAUGGUGUUUAGAACUGCCUGGAUCUGUAGAUACCUGCGCUUGUUUUAAAGUGGGCUCAGCACAUAGGGUUCCCACGAAGCUCCGAAACUCUAAGUGUUUGCUGCAAUUUUAUAAGGACUUCCUGACUGCUUUCUCUUCUCUCCCAUUUCUGCCUUCUGUCAUUUCAUUCUUUCAUUUCUUCCCCUCCUUCCUCCUCAUUCAUCCCUUCUGUUCCAAGCAGCCCCAGUGCACAGCUGUACCCCGAAUUGAUUCUGCUUAGUUCAUGUCCCCAGAACUCACCCCACCCUUGGCCUUCCCGCCACCAACCCCAGCCCAGCCUCACUCCAUCCUGAGCCCUGAGGAAGCCCCGGGCUCUGCUGAGCCUACCUGACCCUAGCACCUCAGUCUCUCUGAAGGGCAAGAGAACAGCAAGGUCUUGCUCUCCUAAGUCAGAAUCAAGACACUGAGCCUCCUCAACCUUCCACUUGAGAGAAGUAGGUGGGAGGAAUCAGACCAGAUUUGAAUUUGGGAGCUGAGGGCAGAACAGAGGCCCCCCGUGGUCUGCCACAGUCAUCACGCGGCCCAGCCAUGACCUUGGCCUCUGCCAGGCCUGGCUAGCGCAGUGCAAUGUGGCAGGGCAGCAGGCAGAACAAAUGCAGAUGCCCCCAGACCUGAGCUGGGACCAGUGCCUAGGGCGGCCCCUCCCCUCCCCCUGCCCACCCAGGCUCCUCUGUUAACCACAAGUUCUUUUGAAAUGGAAAACAUUUGGCUCUCGCUUACUGGAGACUGGGUGGGGCCAGUGUAGCACACAUUUUCACGUCUACGCCAGGGUUCUGGUGUAGGGGCUUAGAGGCUUGGGUUUGCUGUGGGAUCCCAUCCUUUCAAUCUCUCUGUUCAGGAAGUCCUUAUCUAGCUGCAUAUCUUCAUCAUAUUGGUAUAUCCUUUUCUGUGUUUACAGAGAUGUCUCUUAUAUCUAAAUCUGUCCAACUGAGAAGUACCUUAUCAAAGUAGCAAAUGAGACAGCAGUCUUAUGCUUCCAGAAAUACCCACAAGCACGUCCCAUGUGAGCUGCUGCCAUGAACUGUCAAGUGCGUGUUGUCUCGUGUAUUUCAGUUAUUGUCCCCUGGCUUCCUUACUUUGGUGUAACCAUGAAGGAGUGAAACAUCCUAGAAACUGUCUAGCACUUCCUUGCCAGUCCUUAGUGAUCAGGAACCAUAGUUGACAGUUCCGAUCAGUAGCUUAAGAAAAAACCAUGUCUGUCUCUUCCGGAAUGGUUAGAAGCAAGGGAGUUUGCCCAUUCUGUUCGUAGAGUCAUAGUUGGCCUUUCUAGCAUUUUUGUAUCCAUUUCCUUAUGCUGCAAAAGCAAGUCCCACAAGCAACCCCACUCUGCUGUCGACUACCCGGGCUUCACUUCUGACUCCUCCCCAGGAGGGAAGAGGGGUCGGAGGAGGGAGUGAGUCCUUCGGGACCCCUCUUCCUCCAAGGACAAAAGGCUCCUGACCCCACAGUGGCCUUGCACUCCUGGCAUCCCCAAAAGACACCUAUCCGUGCGAGCGCGGCAUUCAGCCAGUUUGUCAUGGAGACGCUGUCCAUUCUGGUCGGUCAGGUUUUUAUGUGUUAUAUACCUAGUCCAGUGAAAUGUGACUCCUGGGACCACUGUCAGGAGCUGGCUGGCCUCCCCAUCAGCUCAUUUAUCUGGUCCUGGGAAGAGGAGUGCGGGGCUCACCAGGCCCCCCUUUCACCCAUGACAGUUAUUCGGGGGCUGACUGGGCAUUGAUGGUCAAGAACACAGCAUUUCAAGGGUCGUUUUCUUUCUGUCCGGCCGGACCUGCAGCCCCCUCACUCCCCAGCUCCUUCCCCUAGAGUUCCAGAGCUUCAGGCAGUGCCUGAGGCUCCUUAUGGUUUUCUCUCCCCCCUUCCAUAUUCCCUUUUCUUCCCCAAAUAAGGGCAUCAUGAGUGAGUGACCUUUAAACAGGCCACCUUGGUGGUUUGCCACCCUGACAGGCAGAGGCCCGUGCCGUGCCGCCCCUGUUCCUAGAGUCAGGUGGGUGGAAGUUUGGAGGGAAAACCUAAACCCUGGAAUUCUCACCAGCGGUGUCCAGCCCAGUUCGGGGUGUGACCUUGAUUUUGUGUGUACUUGAACACCACAAAGAUUGGGGGGGGGUGCAUCUUUUAGGGACUGUGAAGAAUACAGGAAUUGACCGACAACUUUCAGAUCCCCAUGGGUCUAGGUCACAGAGAAUCAUGUUCCGUCUCCCCAACCGUCAUUCUAGUUGUUAGUUACUACCUCCUUUCUUGACAGAAUUCUGUGUGUCCUUGAGCUCCUCCCACAAUGCCCGGCCCAGCCCUGCCCUACUUGUCUGCCCAUUGGUGAGCUUGUCCUUACCAGUGGAAUUGCUGGCUUUGACACUUAAGUGAACUGGGGAACUGGGCCGCAACCAGGCUCUAGUGCAGUGCCCUUCUGUUGGCAUAGAAGACACCUAAAAAUGUCAUGUCCCCAGUCCAUCAGUGCCAAAGUAGCCAAGGACCCCAGCCCCUCAGCUCCCUGGAAGGUGAAAGUCAUGGUGGUGGCCUGGGGACACUGGCCACAGCCAGCACCUGGCUUCUACUGAGACCCCAUGCAAGUGUGGGCAACAGUCUUCAGUGGCAUCAUUUCAGGCUAGAGCCAAAAACAGUGGCAGCAAGACCUGCAACAGCCCCAAGUUGUUGUCUGCUCCUCUGCCCAGCUUGUCAUUGUCAUGACAGCCAUCAUGAAAGGGUACUAGCCAGAAACAAGUUUCCAUGUUUGGUGGGAAAGGAGUUUCUUAGCUGACAGCCCUCUGGAUUUUAAGUAACUCUUAAUAAGCAGAUUGAACCCAGGAGGGAGCAAAAGUUAUAAACUAAACCCACCAGGGGGCUGCCUGGAUCUUGGGGAGCAUUCCCACCGGCUCUCUGGACUGACGUGAUCAGGGGAGGUCACAGGUACUGGUUCUUGGAGACCUUUGUACAUCCAUUCCUAGCUGGUGUCAUUGCCCCGAAUUGCUUCCUGAUGCGAGUUUCACGCAGAAAGUCUAGGACCAGUGGCCCAGACCUCAGGAAGCAAGCUGUGUGGAAAGCCAAAUGGGUGUCAGUCCCCCAAGUGCCAGCUGCUGGUGUGUGAACAAGCACAGCAUUACCAGGCCUGUGGCCAUGCCCCUGCUGUGUUGGAUUCCUGCUCUUGCUCUGCUUUCUGCAAGGGUCCAUCUUUGCUCUUGGUCAGUGAGCCCGUCCACUCUGGAGGGCUUUGUUGAGUCUCCAUUUUUGUGUCUUUCUCUUUUAGAUCAAUCUUUAGAAAAGGCCUAAUUGUUAUAAAUAGCUAGGAUACUGCCUCUCCCAGGGUCUGAAGUUACAUAUUUUAGAGGGGGAAAGUGAACACUGAAACCCACUCUCAACAAUUCAGAAGGAAAACCUAGAAAAUAUUUGGCAAAAAGAAUACAUUUUAAUGUUUCUGAACAAAGAAGAGCAAGCUUUUGUGAAAAUUCUGAUCUAAAAAUACUUGGAGCUUGGCCUGAUGUGUGAUGAGCACUGCAGGCAAAGGGGAUUCCAGCCCCAAGCCACUGGAUCUGAGACUCGGGGCCAUUCUGUCAUUGGAGAACCCACAUCUCCUUGGGUAGCAUCCCUGAGGACUUGGCUUCAGCUCUGUCCUCUGGGGUGGCCUGGAGGUUAGUGGCCCGCCUGGGCCCAAAGCUGCAGGAGCCCAGCUCUCGGUGUGGGAAGCGGAGUGGUCACAGGGACUCGUGAAGGCCUACACCAGUCUCAUUCCCAGCACCACCUGUUUCUUGCUUCGUUCUUAUCUCCACAGAGCCUACCCAAAGCUCUGAUUUGUCAAGAAAAUAAUGAGUUCUAACUAGGGCCCAGGUAACUAGAAAGGAAAGGGUGAUGUCUCCCCCUUGGCCUCUGCCUGUGGCACAGCCUGUCCCCUGAGGACAUUCCCUGCUCUGCUCUCAGGGUCUAGGGCCCGAUGAAAUGGCAUCCCUUCUGAACUCGGAGGUGAGGACAGAGGCCUGAGCACUCACUGUGGUGUGUGCCCCACUCGCCCCUCACCCUUGACAGCCCCUGGGGUAGAAGGGGAGGCUGUGUGUGAGGAUGGGUGUCCGCACCCCUGGCAGAGCUGAGACCCUCACAGGGGAAAUCUGGCCUUUGAGUUUCAGAGCAUUUUAGAAACUUGCAAAUUGUCUUUGCUCCUCUAGCUCCCCCUUCUAUCUUACCUUUUCUCAGGUCCUGCUCAGCAGUGAGAGAAAAUAAGAUGAAAAGGCCAAGAGGUUUGGCUCCUAUCACUGGUAGUCCCUCCCUGCAGUGUUUGUGUGUCAAGUGACAAAGCUGUUUUUCCUGGUGACCCUGAUUAUAUCCAGUAUCUUAUAGACUAUAAGCAUAGGCCUGCUUGGUCCUCUCUGUUCUGGGCUUUUGUUUUGCUUUUUUAGUUUUGCUUUUAGUUUUUCUGUCCCUUUUAUUUAAUGCACCGAUUAGACACACAAAGCAGUUGAAUUUUUAUAUAUAUAUCUGUAUAUUGCACAAUUAUAAACUCAUUUUGCUUGUGGCUACACACACACACACACACACACACACUGUUAAAAUAAUACCUGUUGCUUAAUUACAAUAUUUCUGAUAACCGUAGCAUAGGACAAGGGAAAAUAAAAACAAAAACAAACAAAAAAAACAACCUGACAAAUCCGUCUGCUGGUCACUUCUUCUGUCCAAGCAGAUCCAUGGUCUUUCCUCGCUUCUUUCAAGGGCUUCCCUGUGCCAAGCUAAGGAGGCUCCAGGCAGCGCCCAGGUUUUGCACUGUUUCUCCAGUGCUUGUGAGAGAGGUCCGGGGAUACUGGUGCAGGACAGUUCACCUCAGUGGGUGGGUGCGAGAGUGCUCCCUUGCCCUGGCGAAGUCCGGAAUGUAGUUGGCACCACCUGGUCCUCUUCCACCUCUGGGUAGGGCAGCUGGAGUCCAUGGGGGUGGCCUGAUCCCCCCACCCCUUCCAGUGACCGGUCAGAGUGAUCAUGUGUGGAGAGUCAGCUCAGCAGGCCUCCCCACCAGUAGGGCUCCCACUUUGCCGAGUCCAGGGUCUGGAGGGAAGACAGAAGGCCUGUCGUGUCCUUGAACGUGUGAGCUGCACCAGGUAGAAUGCCAGGGACCCAGAACCACAUAGAGAGUCCAGUCUCCCUCUAGGAGGUAGCGAAGACUCCAGAAAUGUCCCUUUCUCUUCUCCCACAUCCUGCGAGUAAUUGCAUUUGCUUUUGUAAUUCUUAAUGAGCAAUAUCUGCUAGAGUUUAGCUGUAACAAUUCUUUUUGAUUGGUUUUUUUUUUUUACGUAAUUAAAAACACCAAAAAAAUCCAGAAACUUGUUCUUCCAAAGCAGAGAGCAUUAUAAUCACCAGGGCCAAAAGCUUCCCUUCCUGCGUCAAUACUUCUGAGGCCUGAAUCCAAGAGAGAAACACUCAUAGGCUCUUUGUGUGGCUGGGCUACCCUCGGGCCCCUCGGAGGACCUGGUCUUGGGCCCACUCCAGCCCACAUUCAGUAUUAGCGGUGGGUCAUGACGUCCUUGCCCACGCAGCCUGGAAUGGGGCCGAGGAGGUGAGGAGGCCGUUGCCACCGAUGCUUGGCCACUAACAGGUGGGUGUCCGCAUGUGUCCACGUGCAUGCUUUCUGACUGAAAUGUGAAAUCAGCACCCGAGUUAGCCUCACCCAGUGACCUCGCCCCGCCGGGCUGGAGCGGGGCCCGCCCAGUUCAGUGUUUCUGGGGAGCUGGACAGUGGAGUGCACAAGGCUUGCAGAACUUGAAGCCUGCUCCUUCCUUUGCUACCAAGGCCUCCUUUUCCGUUUGAUUUGUCACUGCUUCAAUCAAUAACAGCCGCUCCAGAGUCAGUAGUUGAUGAAUAUAUGACCAAAUAUCACCAGGACUGUUACUCAAUGUGUGCCGAGCCCUUUUAUCGCGCUGGGCUCCUGUGUACCCGGACACUGUAAUGUGUGCUGUGUUAGCUCUCCUCACCCUCCCCUCGUUUUUCUGGGGGUUUUCUGUUUGGGUUUGGUUUGGUUUUUAUUUCCCCUUUUGUGUUCCAAACAUGAGGUUCUCUACUGGUCCUCUUAACUGUGGUGUUGAGGCUUAUAUUUGUGUAAUUGGUGGGUGAAAGGAACUUUGCUAAGUAAAUCUCUUCUGUGUUUGAACUGAAGUUUGUAUUGUAACCAUGUUUAAAGUAAUUGUUCCAGAGACAAAUGCUUCUAGACACCUUUUCUUUACAAACAAAAGAAUUCAGAGGGAGGGGAUGGUGACUGAGAUGAGAGGGGCUGUCCUAUUUCCCCAGGAGGGGAGACCCAAAGAGAUGACCCCUGCUCAGAUCAGCCAGAAGCCACCCAAGAAAUUUAGCCUAAGCCAACAGACCGAAUAGCUGAUUUGUUGCCAUUUUCCAAUUCCGAGCAAAACCAGAUCUUGUUCCACCCAGUGGACAUUUUUGCCUUCCCCUCCCCUCCCCAAGAUUAUUAGCAUCAUUGAUAUUUUUAAGGACAGUCAAGGUUUAUGUUCCUGUGAGGGGAGCCAGGUGGGGUGUGAGCAGGGCCAACCUGAAGCGGGCCUGAACCAAGUGGCUCAGACAAAAGGUGGGCAUCUCCCUGGAGAUCUCCACUGUAACCACAGGUCAGGUAUAUGUUGACAGGUCGGACUGGCCACUCUUUACCUGAUGCAGCUCUUUCUAGACAGGCCAGGCAGAGGGCAUUAUCGUUUAGGACACCUCCAUCACAUCCCACCCCUUACCUGGAGUGCACCACACUACUGUGACCGCUCAAUCCCCAGCCACCCCGGGCGAUAUGAUGGUGGGAUGGGAGGGUGCACUCUCUUUGCUGUCAUCAGAUUCCCAGAAAAAAAAUUUGGAUGUGAGAAACCCCCUUCCCUUUCCAUGGCAAAACCAGAUCCUCCUCAGAGAAGCCGUUACCCCCACCAGACAUUGUUUUGGGUUCACAGAACAGGGACAGAUGUGUGCUCCCUUAGUGCCUGGCAGCCCUUCAUCUGCAAGGCAAUGACAGUGCCGAUUGUAGUGACCACUACACAUGGGGUUUAGUAGCAGGAAGAACCAGGCAGGGUGGCUGCCCCCUCCUGAGUUGCAGUGACACAAGCCAGCCACCCUGUGCACAGGGAAGCCCUGCUGAGGGCAGGAGAGGUAGGCAAGGGGCGCGGGGAGCUGCCCAGGACAGACUUGGCUGGAGAUGUCUCUACAAGCCCUCUAUUGCAUUCACCUUCAGUUUUUGUGUUUUGGGACAAUUACUUUAGGAAAUAAGUAGGUUGUUUUAAAACAAAAAAAAAUAUUGAUUGCUUUUUUGUAGUGUUCAAAAAAAGGUUCUUUGUGUAUAGCCAAAUGACUGAAAGCACUGAUAUAUUUAAAAACAAAAGGCAAUUUAUUAAGGAAAUUUGUACCAUUUCAGUAAACCUGUCUGAAUGUACCUGUAUACGUUUCAAAACACCCCCCCCCACUGAAUCCCUGUAACCUAUUUAUUAUAUAAAGAGUUUGCCUUAUAAAUUUACAUAAAAAUGUCCGUUUGUGUCUUUUGUUGUAAAAUCAAGUGAUUUUUUUCAUAAGGUUCUUUUACUAUUUGAAAAGAUGGGCAGCACGCAGUUUUAUUUUAUUUUUGUAAGUUUUUUAAUACGUGUGAAAGCAAAGACUACUCAGCAUGCCUUUCUAAGUGACGCGUUUGCACCUUUUGUUGGGAAGUACUGUAUCCUUUGCUGUUAGCAUUCUCGAUAAAUCUCUCUGUGAAAGUGA